UAAAAAGUAUUUGUUUUAGAACUUUCAUUUUCAAGAUUCAAUAAAAAAUUUAAACUUACAAAGUAGAAAACGUUUUUUUGACUUUCGUCUUUUACAUAUAAGUAAAUUUUCAUUACUUUACUUUCAUCACAUAACCUUAAAUCAGUCUGGUUCGGUACAUGCAUAAACUUUAUUUUUCACCGCCUUAGAAAGUACAAACAUAGAUAGCAGGCAGAUAAAGGUAUGGUAUUGUUAGAUAGUGGCACUCCUGCUCAAUAUACUACCUCACAUUGUGAAACCAGUGGACGUUUGGCAAUGCUUCGUCGCAGGACCUACUCUCAUGCUGUCCUUGUAUAUGAUGGUGCUACAUGUGGUCGAUCAGGUCCUUCAUGAAGCUGAGUUUUACUAUGUCGUGAUACAAUUCCUUGUGACAGUCAUAGCGUUUGUGAAUCUUUUGAUAGUCGGGGAACUGGCUGGAGCCAUUUAUGGAUUGUUAUAUGUUGAUUUGAUGAUUGCGUUUGCUAUUGAUUUUUAUUACAUGCGUAAAGAAAGAGGCUUGACAUUCUAAUUGAAACUGUUUGCAGCUAUUUAUAUAUUUUUUUAUGCUGGAUAUGUAACAGGAUGUGAUAAUAAACAUUCCAAGAUAAAAACAGCGGGUUGAUUCAUUGUACAGGAAUGUACGCAACUAGAGACAAUGGUAAAAUUGAAACGGAUAUUAAAUUACAACAUGCGUCUUGUAAACAAAGUCAUUUUGUACAUUUACAGAAGAAUAUCGAGAUUGACUUUGAAUGAAGUAUUAUUUAUUUGUGCUGUGUUUUUGAUACCUUUUUUUAUAUGGUUUUGGAGCAAUCGUGAAGCAAAACUUAGUGUUAAUUCUAGUAAUCCUGUGAUAGUUUGGUGGACUCAUGGCUUUCCAAGCACAUCAGAAACAAUCACAUGUGAAGAUAAUCUAAAAUGUGAUGUAUACAGUGAUAAUAACUUGGGAAAUGCUUAUAAUGUUGAAGCAUAUUUAUUUUAUGCAAGCAACAUAAAUUUUGAUGACCUGCCCUUACCCAGAAAGGCAAGAGAUGUGAUAUGGGGAUUGUAUCAUGAAGAAUCUCCCAGAAACGUGCGGGAAUUGUUGCACGAAAAAACGCUAAGUCUGUUUAAUUUCUCUGCAACUUUUAGCAGGUACAGUGACAUUCCAUUUCCUCUACAAUAUUUAGACUCUUUGUCUGAUAUAACUAGUAAAGAAUAUUACAUUCCAACAACAGAGAAAAAUGGUCUUUUAAAAGACAUAUCACCGGUUCUGUACUUGCAAACCGAUUGUGAGACUGCCACAGAAAGGGAUGCAUAUGUACGAGAAUUAAUGAAGUAUAUCAAUAUUGAUUCGUAUGGAGAUUGUUUGAAAAAUAAGGAACUUCCCCAAAAAUUCAAGGAUGACUACUUGAACAAGUUGAAUGAUAACGAAUUCUUGCAUUACAUUGCAAGAUACAAGUUUGUAUUAGCAUUGGAAAACGGGGUUUGUGAGGACUACGUCACCGAAAAGUUUUGGCGUGCUAUAAAAGUUGGUAGUGUACCAAUUUACUUCGGAUCACCGUCCAUAAAAGAUUGGUUCCCAAACGACAAAUCUGCGAUACUAAUACAAGAUCAUCCAACACCAGCAAAUAUGAGUGAACAUAUUAAGAAAUUAUUGAAGAAUGACCAUUUGUAUGAUGAGCAUUUAACCCACAAGACGAAAGAAUCAAUAACAAAUAAACGAUUGAUUGAAGAAUUCAGAAUGAGGCCGUACCAAACUGACGCGUUGAAUGUUGCCAACAAAUUCGAAUGUUUGGUUUGCCGUAAAAUCCAUGAAAAGAAAACUAGAUUACAAGAACACAUAGUGAAUAAAAGUCACUAUGACUGUCCAAAGCCAGUUUCAGCUUUAACUUUGACAGUAAACCCAUCAAACGAUUGGGUUUAUUUGUGGCAUCAAGCCGAGAAAGAUGCGGAAGAAAUAUUUAAAAGAGUAUAUAGUUAAAAUUAAACACUAAAUCAUAUUUUCAACAAAGUAUUAUAUUUUUUUAUACUUUUAAUAUACAAAUAUUAAUUA